UUUGACAUAUGACUUUUGAGUUUUGAGUUUAUGUUUACAAAAAUUACCUUAUAAAGCAAAGAAAAAUCAAAUAUAAAAGCCAAACAAUAAUAAUAAUAAAGUAAAACCUAUUUCUAUAACCUCCACAAUGAAUUGUCUUGAUAAUGUUACAUUACCUAGCUGUGUUUGGUUCGAAAGCGGUGAAAAACGUAACAUUUUGGCAUCCAUUAUUUCUGGUAUAUUGUUCUCUGCUGGUUGGUGGUUCAUAAUAGAUGCUGCUUCAGUGUACCCUGGUGAGCUCAUAGGUUCUUCUCAUAUAUGUGGAGUCAUGGCAACCCUCUCCCUUGUGAUGGUCAACUCUGUAACCAAUGCACAGGUUAGAGGUGAGACAUACACUGGAGGCUGCAUGGGACCAUGUGGGGCUCGGCUAUGGUUGUUUAUGGGCUUUGUAGUUGGUUUUGCAUCACUCAUUGCCUCUUGUUGGAUUCUCUUUGUAGAAUAUGUCAAUGCAGGAAACGACAAACACGUGUGGCCUGGCGUAAGUUUAUUUCUACAAAACGCCUUCAUAUUCAUCGGAUCUCUCGUAUUUAAGUUUGGCCGUACUGAAGAUAUGUGGGGCUAAAGAUGACAGUUGCUCCAACAGUUGCAUAAUAGAUAAUGUAAGAUAAAAUAUUUUGUAUCAAUCAUUGUUAAUUUUAUUAUUCUUUUCUAUAUUUUUCUGAAUGUUAAUUAUCAUUCUUUAAAAUCUGAGUCACAAAUUGAUUUAUUACUCAUGUUUAUAAUUUGAUUAACAGAUUUUAAGUAAUUGCUUAUUAUUACACAACCUAGAUAAGUUAGAUAUGGGUCAGGUUUGGAUCUGGUACUUAUAAGAGCAGGCAAAAUUAUGGAAUCUAGCUACGUACCUACCGGUUAUUUUAGUGGGACCCAAAAUUGAGACAAAUAUCAGAUGAGACCAUAUUUUACUAAGUCAAUGUGGCGGAGAAACAAAGUAUCUCUUUUAUUACACAAUUAUAAUAUUUAAAGUAUUUUAAUAAUGGUGUAAUAAUUAAUUCUACACAAUUGGGAUCAGAUCGACUUCUAUCUUUCGAUAGAUUAAUCCUGCCUAUAAAACAAGUGUUAUAACAACAAUCUUCUAACGUAUAUAUUCACGGGGAUUGUUGAUAGCCGAAUUUCACUUUCACACACGUGUUUCACUCUUAUUAGUCGUUCCCUCAGCAGAUCGUGACUCACAUUCAAUUGGUCAACGAGCUGUCUACAUUCGUUUCGCUCCGUAGCCACUCAGGUGAUACUAUUAUCACACUCGGCUUUGCCUCGUUUGAUACACCCACAUUCGUGUUUUAAUACCCCUAAUUACACAACAGUUGCAUAAAUAACUAAAAUGUAUGAGGUGCAUCUAAUUGCAGAUUAAAUAAAAAAAAUUAUGUGCCAACACGAUCUGAACCAAUUACGACAUUAGUGUUUUAUUAAAAAAGAUUAGUCUUUUAUUGGUUGGCGAAUCUUGUAACUAGGUUUGUUGCACCGGGUUUGCUUAGUUUAUUAAAAUGUCAUUAAAAUUACUGUCCACUGUGAGAGUUACCCAAAAAUAUGUUGUGAAAUACUCAAGCCUUUGUCCAUUUGAUACUGCCUCUACAUCCUUAAUGAUAAUCAUCCAAAAACCUAUCCCUACUACCACUUACUAAAGAUAUUAUAAUUUGUGUGCUUAUAUUAAUCAUAAAAUGGCAAACAUAUUUUAUCUUGUCAUUCCAUUGGCAAAUGAGAUUUUUAUCAGUGUGUUUGAACUUGAGCAGAUGAAACUGCUCAGUAUGAAUAUAGACUUAUGAACAUUCUAAUUAAGACAUAGAAAAUAAAAUCCACAAUUUCUUUAUUGUGUCUACUACAGACUGAGUUUCAUUCUUCAUGAAAAAAUUGUAUAAGAAAGGGUACAUACCUAUUUUUACAUUACCAGUGAAAAUGAAUACAGUAUUAUAUCUACGGACUUGUCAAAUUAAAACAAUGUUAUAUUUUAUAUCAGUAUAUUUACAUCAUUAACAUUUAAAUGUUUUAUUUGUUAAAAGAAAUAUUCAAACCGUUAUGUUGUAACAUAUUUUCUCAACAUUAAUUUGCUUAUAGGUUUCGGCAUAGCUCUUAAGAAGUAAGUAAUAUGAAUGUGGUAUAUCUCAUGUACACAUUAAAUAAUUAAUUAUGCCGAAUCAUAUAACAUUAUAACAUAAAUAAUAACUAUUGCUUUGGUAUUAGAUCAUUAAACUUAUCUAAAUAUAGAUCUUAUUAAAAUUAUGGUAAAA